AUAGCAAUUAACAGUAUAGCCGCUUUUAAAUGUUAUCUGAGAACUAUUCAGACUGAAAAAACUAGUGGAGUGAACAAUGUCGACGGGAUCGACAAUUUUGUGUUUGUUGGUUUUUCAAAGUGUUGGUUGGAUCUCCGCCGCCCUGACUGGCGAGCUUAGGAUUGCUGGUAUUUUCGAAAACAUCCAACUUCACCAAAGUGCGUUCACAUAUUCCAAUAAUCUUUACAACUUCGAAAAAGAUCUUAAAGAUGCACCAGUCUCCCAUAUAGUAGAUUCUAGUAUAUUGAAGGAUGAACCAUUUUCAGCACUGAAAGGGACCUGUUUGUUUUUAAAACAAGGAAUAGUCGGAUUGUUUGGUCCUCAGUCAUCUCUUAACUUUGAUAUAGUCCAAUCGAUAACGGAAAGAAAGGACAUACCACACAUUCUAACACGAUGGGUCCAUCCGUCCCAAAUGGGUCUACAGACUAUAAACUUUUAUCCAAGUCCUACAAGAUUAGCCGAUGGGUUUAUGGAUAUCGUCAGAAAACUUGAAUGGGAAAGCCUUACCCUUCUUCAUACUGAUCCGGAUCAUUUGAUGGAAAAUAAGGACUUUAUUGAAAAAGCAAAAGAUGAAGGUAUCAUUGUCUAUAUUGUAAAUGUGGACCCUUACAAAACAGGAGAUUACCGAUCAGUACUUCGAGAUGCCGUACGGUCAGGACAAAAGAAUUUUGUUUUGGAUUGCCCAAUUCGAGAUCUAAGAAAUCUUUUAACCCAACUUCAGCAAGUUGGUUUGUUAAGUUCAGGUUAUCACUUUUUAAUGACCAAUUUAGACGCUCACACUGAAGAUCUAACUCCCUAUAUGUACAGUGAUGCCAUUCUUACAGGGGUUCAUCUCACUAAACAAAACGAUGAAAUGUCUUCAAGAGUUUCAAAGGAAUUGUGUCACCUUUACAACGUAACUUUCAAACUAGAAUGUGGAACUCCCGAGCUAGACAUAGAAACUGCUUUGAUCUUAGAUUCAGUUAGCGUCUUUUUGCAGACUCUAAAGGCUUUAGAGGUAACACAAGGUCAAUAUCUGUCAUGUGAUAACACAGAUGGUUGGGUAUAUGGUUUAAAUAUAAUUAACACGCUGCAAAUGGGAUCCUACGAAGGAAUUACAGGAAUAAUCGAGUUUGGACAAGACCGUUUUAGAAACGCGUUCGAAUUAUCCAUAUACCAGAUAAGAGGAGCAAUGUUAGAACGAGGAACUUGGAACACCACUGUUGGUCUUAGUGAGGAUGUCGUAUUAGAAUUCGAAGAUGACGAAGAGGAACAGGAAGGCUUAGAGCUUGAGGAUAGAAACGUGAACGUUUUGAUCACAUUGACUAAACCGUAUGCACAACUGAAAGAACAGAAAGAAGGUACACAUCGUUUGUCAGGCAAUGACAGAUACGAAGGAUAUGCAAUAGACCUUAUUGAAGAAAUCUCCAAAAUAUUGGGAUUCCAAUAUACGUUUAAUGUUAGAAAUGACAACCAGCAUGGUCAUUUUGACAGCUUAUCUGGAAAAUGGACAGGAAUGAUUGCAGAUGUUAUAGACGGGCGAGCAGAUUUGGCCAUUUCCGAUUUGACGAUUAACAAAGAAAGAGUAGAACCAGUAGAAUUUACCCAACCCUUUAUGUCUGUAGGUAUAAGUCUAUUAUUUCGAAAGGCGAACGAAGUUCCACCUAGUUUCUUCUACUUUGCUCAACCAUUCGCUAUUAAAUUUUGGCAAAUCUUGGCCAUAUCGUAUGUCAUAAUAGUAUGUUCUCUAUUUUUGAUCGGAAGAUUGUCACCAAGUGAAUGGCAAAGAGCUGAAACCUGCCGAGAAAGUAAAAAAUAUUUAGAGAAUGAUCUGACCUUCCUCAAUUCUUUGUGGUUUGUGUCUUCAGGCGUAUUCAGACAAGCUACAAAUGUCAAAGUUAAUUCUGUGUCAGCAAGGAUUAUUUCGGCGACAUGGUGGUUAUUUUGCUUCGUUUUAGUAGCUAACUAUAUAUCAUUUUCGCUUUCGAGAAACGCAAUCGUCGAAAAAGAAGAAUUGUUUAGUAAUGUCGAACAACUUUUGGAAUAUUCAGAAGCAAAUGGUCUUCGUUUUGGUGCUUUACAAGGAGGGACCACAGAGGAAUUUUUUAAAAGCUCUAAAAAUUUCUACUACCAACAAGUGGCUAAAUAUAUGAACGACCACCCAGAAGAUAUGGCACCAUCAACUGCAGAUGGAAUAGCCAGAGUACUUGAAGGUUAUUAUGCUUUUUUUAUGGAAUCAGCUACAAUUGAGUAUACUGUAAGGAGACAUUGUAAUUUAUCCCAAUAUGGUAGUGAACUAGACCAGAAAGGUUUUGGAAUAGCUGUUAAAAAAGGAUCUCCAUUGUUAGCUCCGUUAAAUAAAGCAAUUAUAAAAUUACAACAAAACGGAGAAUUGCAACGAAUUAAAAGAAAAUGGUGGGAAGAAAAAUAUGCAGGAGAAGUUUGUGAUGACGAUGGUUCCUCCGAGAUUGCUCCAAAAUCAGUAGAUCAUAUCAACGGAUUGAUAGCCUUAACAUUUGCGGGAAUUGCGAUAGCUCUGGUAACAUCCCUGUUGGAGUUUGUUGUGCAUGUCUACAGAAUAAGCAAGAAAGUUAAACAGCCGUAUAGUAAGGCAUUUAGCGAGGAAAUUAAAAAAUGUUUUGGAAGAAACAGGACAGUGCAACAUAUUGAAGAUGUUGCUCUAACAAAAACUGAAAACGGCAAUAGUUCGAAUACAGAGAAAGAAGCACCUUAAACGUUAUUUUGGUUGUUAUUAAUUUUAACACUAAGAUAAAAAUUAUUAUACAUAAAUACUAGGCUGAUCAAUAAGUUUUGCGAUUCGAUAAGAGAAGGCGUUGAUACUAGCCUAAUUUUUUAUGUUUAUGUUGGUACACUCUUCAUAUGAACAUGUGUAAAGUUUCAUUUUAAUCUAUGAAUUCAGUUUGUUUACAAGCCAUUUUUUAAUGUCGACGUACAGCAGUAUUUUCUAAUAAGGAAACCAUCAAGUAUCGUGCAGUGAUUGAAUUUUUAUUUUUGGAAGAUUUAAAAGCAAGGGAAAUUUAUGAACUAAUGUUGAAAGUGUAUAAGGACCCUUUGCCUUUAAUUAAUAUAGUAGAAAGAUGGGUAGCUGAAUUUUAUACCUGGCAGUACACAAGCCUGAAGGUGAUAUAGGCCAAGGAAGUCCAAAAACACCAUUAACACCAGAAAUCGUAGAAAAAAGACAGGAUAUGGUAUCGGAAAAUCAUCGAGUGACUAAAAGAAAUUUAGUAGAAUCCAUAGGCAUCCCAUUGGGCUGUGUAAGAAAUAGUUUGACUGAAGUAUUGGGUUUCAGAAAUCUGUAUUCACAAUGAGUGCAGCAUGCGCUAACAUCAGAACAAAAACACAUUCGAAUGCUACUUUCUGAGCAACAAUUACAUCGUUUUCGAAAGAAUAAAGUAUAUAUUAUAUGUAGACUCAUCACUGGAUGAGACUUGGGUCUAUCACCAUGAUCCUGAAUCAAAUAAAGAGGCUAAAGUGUGGUGUGAAUUUUUGGUUCUUCGGCUUCCAAACGAGUCAGUGUCCAGAAAUCGGCCAAGAAGAUGUUAGCAUUAAUUUUUUGGGAGCAAGAGAGAUUUUGUUAGUGGAUUACUUGCAAUCUGGUAAAACAAUAAAUUAUGGAUAUUACUGUAAUCGUUUAGCCUAGCCCGAGGAAAUAAUUGAAAAAUUACCCGACCCUUGCAAAAGAAACAAUUCCUUUUUUAUCAAGAUAAUGCAGCGUGUCAUACGAGCAUUUUAACAAUGGCAUGAAUAAUUAAAGUUCAAAUCGUUGGAGCUUCCAACAUAUUCGUCAUAUUUGGCCCCCAGCGACUUUGAUCUGUUUCAAUACCUAAAAAAAUCAUGCGUGGUAAGCGUUUUUUAUUAAAUGGUGAGGUCGUAAGAGCUGUGGAAGCCUAUUUCGCAGUCCUUGAGAUUCUCACUUGAGCGAUGGAAUUUAUAAAUUUGAAUCUCGUUAGUAUAAGUAUAUUGAUGUUCGAGGAGACCGUACUGAAUAAUAAAGUGUAUUUCAAACCAUAAAAUUGUGUUUUUCUUGUCGAACCGCAAAACUUACUGAACAGCCUAGUAAUGUCACAAUUAAUAAUAAAGUACGUUGUUUAAA